CCGAGAUCACAGUCUCUAGGACUGAAGCAGGAGGAGGGAAAGACUGGAAGGAAGAGAGACAGGUUAGAGGGAAAGAGGCUUGGGAAGAAAACAGCAGGAAAGAAGCCGCUCAUCACACUUCUAGAGAGGCAAAUGAUGCUGGAGAUGAGGACAGAGAAAGACAAAACUAUGAGAGCCAAAAAAUACAAAUAAAACGAAAGAGGAGAAAAUGCCAAGAAGAACAUCCAUCCGGAGAAAUGAAGAGAAUGAAAGUUUUAUGCUGCAGAGCCGUUCUAUGUUUUUCCGGCAAAAAAUUCUCUUGCUGUUUUUAAGCCCUUUUGCAUUUGCCAGCCGUUGACAUUGAGGCAUGUUCAGCGGUGCCAGCAGCGUCUCCUCUUCCUUCUCCUCUUCCUCUUCAUCUUCCUCCUCCUCAUCUUCCUCCACCAUCACCAUCACCACCACCGCCACCACCACCACCACCUCCUCCUCCUCCUCCUCCCCCUCCUUCUUUUCCUCCUCCUCCUUCUCCUCCCAUCAGCAAGAAGACAAACCGAGGACAGUCUUGAAAUAUCGAAAUUUCCUCCUUGGGAUUUGCCAGCGCCGCGUUGCGCCAAGACUGUCGGAAUAAAGGACGCUGACUAUUGUAUUAUUAUUUUAUUAAUUGGUCAGUGGGAAGAUUACCGAUGAGGAAAGGGGACGCCUGUCACCCUUCCUGCGCUAAGAUUGAAAAAUGAGGCUGAGUUGGGGGAAGCCCUAAAAUGAAGCAAAAGGAAUAAGAUUUUUCAGGACAGAAAGCCACAGGAGCCCCCCACACAGCGCACUUUUAUUUGUUGUUUUUUUUUUUAAGAUUUUUUUUUUUUUUUCCGUGGUGGUGGGGGAGGUGAUUGGGUGGCUGACUGGCUGCGGGAAGCUGCUUCCUUUCCCUUUGGAGAUGAUUGUGCUAUUAUUCUUUGCCUUGCUCUGGAUGGUGGAAGGAGUCUUUUCCCAGCUUCACUACACAGUGCAGGAGGAGCAGGAACAUGGCACUUUCGUGGGGAAUAUCGCUGAAGAUCUGGGCUUGGACAUUACAAAACUUUCAGCUCGCAGGUUUCAAACGGUGCCCAACUCGCGGACCCCUUACUUGGACCUCAACCUGGAGACCGGGGUGCUGUACGUGAACGAGAAGAUCGACCGCGAGCAAAUCUGCAAGCAGAGCCCGUCCUGCGUCCUGCACCUGGAGGUCUUCCUGGAGAACCCCCUCGAGCUCUUCCGUGUGGAGAUCGAAGUGCUGGACAUCAAUGACAACCCCCCCUCCUUCCCGGAGCCGGACCUGACUGUGGAGAUCUCUGAGAGCGCCACGCCGGGCACCCGCUUCCCGCUGGAGAGCGCAUUCGACCCAGACGUGGGCACCAACUCCUUGCGCGACUACGAGAUCACCCCCAACAGCUACUUCUCCCUGGACGUGCAGACCCAGGGGGAUGGCAACCGAUUCGCCGAGCUGGUGCUGGAGAAGCCGCUGGACCGAGAGCAGCAAGCGGUGCACCGCUACGUGCUGACCGCGGUGGACGGGGGAGGAGGGGGAGGAGGAGGAGAAGGAGGGGGAGGCGGCGGGGGAGGGGGCCUGCCCCCCCAACAGCAGCGCACCGGCACUGCCCUACUCACCAUCCGAGUGCUGGACUCCAACGACAACGUCCCCGCCUUCGACCAACCCGUCUACACUGUGUCUCUACCAGAGAACUCGCCGCCGGGCACGCUCGUAAUCCAGCUCAACGCCACAGACCCAGAUGAGGGCCAGAAUGGCGAAGUCGUGUAUUCCUUCAGCAGCCACAUUUCGCCCCGGGCGCGGGAGCUCUUUGGACUCUCCCCGCGCACUGGCCGGCUGGAGGUGAGCGGAGAGCUAGACUAUGAAGAGAGCCCGGUGUACCAAGUGUACGUACAAGCCAAGGACCUGGGCCCCAACGCGGUGCCCGCGCACUGCAAGGUGCUUGUGCGAGUACUGGAUGCUAACGACAACGCUCCGGAGAUCAGCUUCAGCACGGUGAAGGAGGCGGUGAGCGAGGGCGCGGCGCCCGGGACCGUGGUGGCCCUGUUCAGCGUGACCGACCGCGACUCCGAGGAGAAUGGGCAGGUGCAGUGCGAGCUGCUGGGGGAUGUGCCGUUCCGCCUCAAGUCUUCCUUCAAGAACUACUAUACGAUCGUGACCGAAGCCCCCCUGGACCGAGAGGCCGGGGACUCCUACACCCUGACCGUUGUGGCUCGGGACCGGGGCGAGCCGGCGCUCUCCACCAGUAAGUCGAUCCAGGUGCAAGUGUCAGAUGUGAACGACAACGCACCGCGGUUUAGCCAGCCGGUCUACGACGUGUAUGUGACCGAGAACAACGUGCCCGGCGCCUAUAUCUACGCGGUAAGCGCCACAGACCGCGACGAGGGCGCCAACGCCCAGCUAGCCUACUCUAUCCUCGAGUGCCAGAUCCAGGGCAUGAGCGUCUUCACUUACGUGUCCAUCAACUCUGAGAACGGCUACUUGUACGCCCUGCGCUCCUUCGAUUACGAGCAGCUCAAGGACUUCAGCUUCCAGGUGGAAGCUCGGGACGCCGGCAGCCCCCAGGCUCUGGCCGGUAACGCCACCGUCAACAUCCUCAUCGUGGACCAGAACGACAACGCCCCUGCCAUCGUGGCGCCCCUGCCUGGGCGCAACGGGACUCCAGCGCGGGAGGUGCUGCCCCGGUCGGCGGAGCCAGGCUACCUGCUGACCCGCGUGGCCGCAGUGGACGCAGACGACGGCGAGAACGCCCGGCUCACCUACAGCAUUGUGCGGGGCAACGAAAUGAACCUCUUCCGCAUGGACUGGCGCACCGGGGAACUCCGCACCGCGCGCCGGGUGCCGGCCAAGCGCGACCCCCAGCGGCCUUACGAGCUGGUGAUUGAGGUGCGCGACCACGGGCAGCCGCCCCUGUCCUCCACUGCCACACUGGUGGUGCAGCUGGUGGAUGGAGCCGUGGAGCCCCAGGGAGGGGGCGGGGGCGGUAGCGGGGGGUCAGGGGAGCAUCAGCGCCCCAGCCGCUCCGGCGGCGCGGAGACCUCGCUGGACCUCACCCUCAUCCUCAUCAUUGCGCUGGGCUCGGUGUCUUUCAUAUUCCUGCUAGCCAUGAUCGUGCUUGCCGUGCGUUGCCAAAAAGAGAAGAAGCUGAACAUCUACACCUGUCUGGCCAGUGACUGCUGCCUCUGCUGCUGCUGCUGUGGCGGUGGGGGCUCUACCUGCUGCGGCCGCCAAGCCCGGGCGCGCAAGAAAAAACUCAGCAAGUCGGACAUCAUGCUGGUGCAAAGCUCCAACGUACCCAGUAACCCGGCCCAAGUGCCGGUGGAGGAGUCCGGGGGCUUUGGCUCCCACCACCACAACCAGAAUUACUGCUACCAGGUCUGCCUGACCCCUGAGUCCGCCAAGACCGACCUGAUGUUCCUUAAGCCCUGCAGUCCAUCGCGGAGUACGGACACUGAGCACAACCCCUGCGGGGCCAUCGUCACCGGCUACACAGACCAGCAGCCCGACAUCAUCUCCAACGGAAGCAUUUUGUCCAACGAGACUAAACACCAGCGAGCAGAGCUCAGCUAUCUAGUUGACAGACCUCGCCGAGUUAACAGUUCUGCAUUCCAGGAAGCCGACAUAGUAAGCUCUAAGGACAGUGGUCAUGGAGACAGUGAACAAGGAGAUAGUGAUCACGAUGCCACCAACCGCGGCCAGUCAGCUGGCAUGGAUCUCUUCUCCAACUGUACUGAGGAAUGUAAAGCGCUGGGCCAUUCAGAUCGGUGCUGGAUGCCUUCUUUUGUCCCCGCGGAUGGACGCCAGGCUGCGGAUUAUCGCAGCAAUCUGCAUGUUCCUGGCAUGGACUCUGUUCCAGACACUGAGGUGUUUGAAACUCCAGAAGCCCAGCCUGGGGCGGAGAGGUCUUUCUCCACCUUUGGCAAAGAGAAGGCCCUUCACAGCACCCUGGAGAGGAAGGAGCUGGAUGGACUGCUGUCUAAUACACGAGCGCCUUACAAACCACCAUAUUUGACACGGAAAAGGAUAUGCUAGUCAAUUCUACAGGAUUUACCUGAAGCAGCAUGAUUUGCACAAAGUCGACCAACAAAAGCAUCAACUUUUCAACUUCAUUAUCUUGGCCAUCAGUUAGUUGUGUGUAACCGAGUACUAGAUUGCCGGCGGAGUCAUCGUGGCCAAUUAUAGGACCUAAUUGCUCUCAGCAGGCCUGAGAAAUGAGUUGAAAUGUGCAGAACUGUAGAAACUUUAGAGGCAACUGCUUUUGCCUCUCCGAUCAGUGUGUGCCUGUUUACAGCACUAUAUAUCUUUCUCUCUCCAAAUGUCACUGAGCCCUUUACAUGUUUAUAUUCACCACGAGAAGCCAGUCAUAAAGAUAAAGGAAAUUUGUGCAUUAUAAAUGCAAUAUCACUGUUUUAAACUUGACUGUUUUAUAUUCUUUUUGUGUGAUCAAGUGUUCCCCAAACUAUUCCAACUUUACAAGACAGAUUGUGAUUAUGUUCUUUUCACCUGUGGGUUAUAAAAAAUGUUGUAUUCUGAAGACCCACAAAAUAUCAAAGACAUU